AAAAAAGGAACGAACUAUCAGUCUCUUUGAAUCGUAUCAGGAAGGCACUUAUCAAAAUGAAAGUAUUCGUUGUUUUGGCUAUUGCCCUCGUUUGCGCCUUCGCCCCAGCCCAAGGCAAGGUCUUCACCAAAUGCGGACUUGCUCAAGCUCUCUAUGCUCAUGGUAUCCCAAAGGCUGACCUCGCCAACUGGGUGUGUCUCGUCCAACACGAGUCGUCCUUCAACACCGCUGCCGUAGGAGCCCUCAACUCCAACGGAACCCGUGACUAUGGUCUCUUCCAAAUUAACAACAAAUACUGGUGCAAGGGAAACAUCAGCUCAUACAAUGAAUGCAACGUCGCUUGUUCUGCUCUUCUUUCUGAUGACAUCACCGGCGCUGUUAACUGCGCCAAGAAGAUCAAGGCCCAGCAAGGAUUCAAGGCCUGGUACGGAUGGUUGAACCACUGCCAAGGAGCUCUCCCAAGUAUCAACGAAUGCUUCUAAAGAGACUGAUCAUUGUUUGAAAUAAAUUGCUGAGAAUUAUUA